UCUCUAAAUCAAAUUUCAAAAAAGAAACAUAAUUUUGUAAUCAUAUAUUUACAUAUAUGUACAUUAUUCUCUAUUGUUUAUUUUAUUAUUAUUAUUAUUACUAUUAUUAUAACUAUCCUUAUCAUUAAUACAAAUGUUGUUACAACUAUGAUUAAUAUUAUUGAUAUUGCAACUAGCCAAAAAAAGGCUUGAAUAUGAAUUUAACACUGAAAAAACAAAUAGGCAUUAGUUUUCGUUUUUAGCAUUUCCUUGAGCCUAUAUUGAAAUUUUUUCAGUCUCAAAUAUAGCAAGUUGACAGUUACAGCUAUCAAGAUUUUGAAACUAAUCAUUCUUAUUUUUCAAUGAUCCACUACAUACUUGAAGUUUGUGGAAAAGAUCAACAGUGACAAAUGAAUUUGUUUUGUUUCAUAUUCUCAACUCUUCCAUCGAGCAAAGUUAACACUAUUGAUUCAAUAUUUUAUUCCAAUCUGCAUGUCAUUGCAUAAUUUUAACGCAACUGGAAUCAGAUUCAGAUAAUUUUAUUGAAUGAUAAGGGAGUCAGAACAAUAAGCAUGUAUCAAUCGUCACCACGAGACUAAUUAUGACAAUCCUUUUAUCUGUUUCAUAUCAACUCACAGAGUAGUAUGGAUUGUAUUGUAUUAUGGAUUUUCUAUUCAUUGACAUAAUGUAUGCAAUAUGCAGAAUAUUCUGACACUAUCUACCUUUGGUGACGAUAAUAUGGUUGAAUAGAUUGUCAUAUUGUGCAUCGUAGAACCAUUUUCAAUUCGACCUUACCGAAUAUAGAUACGUCAGAUUCAAGAUAGAUUGGUUUAAAGAGUUAUAAUUGUGGGAAAUAUUUUAAAAUAAAAACAAAAAAUCACACUCAGCUCCGAACAUAGUGGUCUUGUAUGAUUCUAACAAUGUUGUAUCAUGUAUACAUACGAUACUGUGAUAAGUGGGUAUACGUGCUCAAACAAAUUGACUAUUGAAAUUCUAAAAAAAAAGUGAUUCAACAGCAGACCAUAAAAUAUAUUCACGAUUCAUGCGUAGGAGCAUACGAUAUUCAUGUAUUAAUGAUUAUUAAUAUGACUAAUUCCUUCCGAUCGUGUAUCUAGUAACUAAAGUAAAGUUGAUUAGUGAAAUAUAGAUAGUGUUUAGUGGUACUGUUGUGUUGCGUUUGCUGCAAUUUAACUCUGAACCAAACGAUGAAUUCUAUUUAUCGUUAGAGAUAUCCUAAAUAUUGGGAAUGCUGUAUAUAGGGAAAGUAUUAGUUGCUUCUAUGAAGAAUACACUCAUGAACACAAAACAAGUGUUUUUUAUUACCUCAAUAUAUUAGCUUAGCUCAGCCUCGCUUGAGGAAAAACCGAUCGAUCGAUCAAUCAUACAUACGUAUUCAACAAGUUUGUUGGGAUGACAGUCCUUGAUCCCUUGGCUGUUUGGCCUUGAUAACUUUUGGAUUUGAUUGAAGUCACUUACACCGAAUGCUGGUGCCUCCGUAGCUUUUUCACAGACUUUAUUCCACGUUCAAAAAUAUAUUUACGUUUUUGUGAUCUGUGAUAUACUUAACGAACUUAGUCUCUUUGAAAUAUGAAUUAAUGAGCGGCCAAAAAAGUAACACCGUUCUUGCUUAUAAACGAGUUUUAUUAUAUCUCAUUCGAAGUAAUUCCACUGAAGUAAACCUAAUUUUCGAAAAAAUUCUAUGCAGUUUCAAAACCAUCAUGCAGUGAUUCAUCAAAUUUCCAACAUUUGAUUUGAAUUCAAUGGAAACGCAUCUUGAUGCUCUGUAUUUCACGACUUGCGCGGUCAAGGGAGGGAGAAAUGAAAAAGGAAAAUGGAAAGCAGGAUUUUGACGGUUUUGUAGUCGCUGUUUGGUUUGACAUGCCCCGCCGAUUCUUACGUUCUGCUAUCACCUAGUCAAUUAAUAUAACUGUUCAAGAUUGACCUUGUGUAUUAAAUAACCAAUUCGUCGUUGAUUUAAUGAAGAAUAUCCUUAUUUUUCGAAUCUCCAAGUUCCAUGAGUAGAGUAUAAUGUAUGUAUGUAGUAUGUACAUUCUCUGAAUAGAACAAAUAAUUUUCUAGCUGAAAAUGAGUUCACCAGGUACAUCGAAGCCAGCUGCUGCACCUUCUGUCCAGGAGUACAGCAUCCGAGUUCCGAAUAGGAACAGUAAAAAGAAACACAAUGUUAUGCGUUUCAAUGCUACAUUAAAUGUAGAUUUUUCAAAAUGGACACAAGUUAAAAUGGAGCGAGAGAAUAACAUAAAAGAAUAUAAAGGGUUUGAUGAGGAAAUGCCAAAGUUUGGAGCAGGAUCAGAAUUUGGACGUGAUGCGAGAGAAGAAGCUAGGCGAAAAAAGUUUGGCAUAACCAGCAGAAAAUACAAGCCAGAAGAUCAACCUUGGAUUCUUAAAUCUGGGGGGAAAACCGGAAAAAAGUUCAAAGGAAUUCGUGAAGGCGGAGUCAGUGAAAAUGCUGCUUACUAUGUUUUCACACAUGCACCGGACGGUGCCAUUGAAGCAUUCCCCUUGCAUGAAUGGUAUAACUUCCAACCCAUACAGAGGUACAAAGCUCUGAGUGCUGAAGAAGCGGAGCAAGAAUUUAGCCGCAGAGAUAGGGUAAUGAAUUUCUUCUCUCUGAUGUUGCGCAAACGGCUCAGAAACGAUGAUGAGGGUGGAGAAGAAGACUCGGAACUGGCCGAAGGUGGCAAAGGAAAAAAAUUGGGAAAAAAAGACAAGGAAUUGAAGAUAUCGGAAAUGGAUGAAUGGAUGGAUAGUGAUGACGACGAUUCCAGCAGUGAUGAAGAUAAAGAAAAGAAAAAUUCAGAGGAAGAGGAGGAUGAUAAGAAAAAAAAAAAGAAAGCUAAAGAAGCAGAACAGAAAAAGAAGAAAAAGAAGAAGAAGGGUUCUGAUGACGAGGCGUUUGAGGAAAGUGAUGAUGGUGAUGAGGAAGGCAGAGAAUGUGAUUAUAUUUCUGAUUCAUCCGACUCUGGAUCGGAACUAGAAAAUCAAAAGGAAAUUAAAUCUGUCGCGGAAGAAGACGCCUUGAGAAAACUUCUUGCUUCUGAUGAAGACAGUCAAGGUGAAGAAAACGAGGACGAUAAGAAGGACGGAGAUGACGACAAGGAUGAUGAUGAAGAAAACAAAGAUAAAGAUGAAAAGGAAAAAGACAACAAGGUCAGUAAAGAGUCUGACAGAAAAAAAGAUAAGAAAAAGAAAAAGAAACAGCCGAAGAAAAAGGAUCCAAAGAAAACUGGCAAUGGGAAAGAUUCGUCGAGUGAUUUUUCCAGUGAUUCAGGAUCAGAUUCAGAUAUUCCCAAAGAUAACAAAGACAUUAAAAAGUCAAACAGUGCACAAAGCUCAAGGUCCGCGACUCCUGUGCUUCCAGGUGGCUCUUCCGAUUCUAUGAAAAGGAAACAAUCCGGCUCACCUGACUUGUCACAAUCGAAGAAAAUAAAGUUAGACAAUUUCAACACUGCUCCGGUUACGUCAUACAUCCCUGGAGCCAGUGACUCAGGCAUAACGGAAGAUGCUGUCAGGCGUUACCUGAUGCGAAAGCCGAUGACGACUACGGAACUGUUGCAGAAAUUCAAGUCCAAAAAAACAGGUUUGACUUCCGAGCAGUUGGUUAACGUUAUGACACAAAUACUCAAGAAAAUAAACCCCGUUAAACAGACUAUCAAAAAUAAAAUGUAUCUAUCUAUCAAGGCACAGCACAAUUGACAUAUGAUCAAGACCUGCAAUAAGUUUCUGAUAGCAAAAAAAUUGCAUUCAUGUCAGUAAAACCAUGCAUCAUUCUGUAGUAAGACACCGAAAAGUGUGAUGACAUAUUUUGAAAAUAAAGAAAUUUUCUCUUGUUAAAAA